AUGGUAGGAGGGUGCGAAGUUAUGAAUCUUCUGCGGCAGCUGUGCGGGGGGGAUUCUGCUGGAAACAGAAAUGAACGUGUAUCGGGAACGAAGAAUGCUCAGCUGGUUUGUGUCAGUGGGGGGAGCCCACGGCAGCCAAGCACACCACAACUGUUAAGGAUCUUGGAAGAGACGAUUCAAAAGAAGACUCCCCGGCCGCACUACACCACGCCCCGCAGUCCCCAGAACAUCGAUAAGUGCCGUAUGACCUUCAACAUCCCGGAGAGCAUUUCGGAGCAACUGUACCAGUACAGAACGAAGUUUGUCCAGCAUAUGCUGACCAGCUCCAUGUACGCGAACAGCGCGGUGGGGAAACCUUGGGAGGUUAUUGGCAGGGUGUCGGAGAAUUUGAUAGACGAGCUGCUUCUAUCGUGUGCUAAAGAAAUGGAACUGCAGCGUCAUGUUCGGGAACUUUACAAGCAGGAGACAUCGUAA